AUGGAUCGCGGCGGGCCGUACGCGCGGACGGGCGGCGGCCCUCGGGGCUGCUGGUACUACCUGCGCUACUUUUUCCUCUUCGUGUCGCUCAUCCAGUUCCUCAUCAUCCUGGGGCUCGUCCUCUUCAUGGUCUACGGCAACGUGCACGUGAGCACCGAGUCCAACCUGCAGGCCACCGAGCGCCGGGCCGAGGACCUGUACAGCCAGGUGGAGAGGCUCACCGUCUCCCUGACCAACCUGUCCAGGGAGUUCAACCUCACCUCCAGCGCCAAGAACGCCAUCAUGCAGCUGCUGCUGAGCGCCCGCCGCGACCUGGACCGCAUCAACGCCAGCUUCCGCCAGUGCCAGGGCGACCGGGCCAUGUACGCGAACAAUCAGCGGUACGUAGCUGCGAUCAUCUUGAGCGAGAAGCAGUGCCAAGAUCAUCUCAAGGAGACGAACAAGAGCUGCGACGCGCUGCUCCUCAUGCUGGGUCAGAAAGCCAAGACGAUGGAGGUGGAGCUGGCCAAGGAGAAGGCGGUCUGCACCAAAGACAAGGAAGGCUUGUCGCUGAGCAGGCGCGUGGUGGAGGAACAGCUGGCCGAGUGCUCGAAAGCCCGGGAGCAGCAGCGGCAGGAGCGGCAGCUGGCCGAGGACCGGCUGCAAAAGGUGCAAGCCCUCUGCCUCCCGCUGGACAAGGACAAGUUUGAGACGGAUCUGCGUAACCUGUGGCGGGAUUCCAUCAUCCCACGCACCCUGGACUCCCUGAGCUACGGCCUCUACCACCCCCUGGGCUCAGAAGUGGCCUCCAUCCGGAGAAGCUGCGACCACAUGCCCAGCCUCAUGAGCACCAAGGUGGAAGAGCUGGCCCGGAGCCUCAGGGCCGGCGUGGAGCGCGUGGCCCGCGAGAACUCAGACCUCCAGCGCCAGAAGCUGGAAGCCGAGCAGGGGCUGCGGGCCAGUCAGGAGGCGAGAGAGAAGGCGGAGAAGGAGGCUCAGGCCCGGGAGGCCAAGCUCCAGGCCGAGUGCGCCCGGCAGACGCAGCUGGCGCUGGAGGAGAAGGCGGUGCUGCGGAAGGAGCGGGACGGCAUGGCCAAGGAGCUGGAGGAGAAGAAGCGAGAAGCAGAACAGCUGAAGAUGCAGCUGGCCAUCAGCAACGCGGCCCUGGACACCUGCAUCAAGGCCAAGUCACAGCCGAUGUCAGUGCCGAGACCUGUGGGGCCUGCCCCCAACCCCCCGCCCAUCGACACAGCUGAUCUGGAGGAAUUCAAGAGGAGGAUCCUGGAGUCCCAGAGGCCCCCUGUAGGCAACCCUGCAGCCCCAUCCAGUGGCUGAGUAGGCUCCAGGCCCGAGGACCAAGAGGUGGCCCAGACUCGCCCGUCCGUGAACACGGUGCAGCGAGGUCCUCACAGUGCCU